CUAAGUCUGACAACAAUGUAGUCGCACCUCCGCCCAAACCGAACUCUCUAAACUAGCCGUUCUGCUACUUAUCCCUCCCAUGCCUUAAACGCUGCGUACUCCUCAGUCCUCCCAUUCUCUCUUAUAAUCCUAUCUCUUUCUGACGAGUACAAGUCCAACUAAACCCAUCCGAGUCAACUCGUAUCCUCAAAUCGUUCUCGACCUUUGUCUAUCACCCUCAAAGUUCGUAUCCCUAGUUUUUAUUUCUAAUUUAUGACGAUCCUGAUGUUUUGAUGUCGUAUCGAGGGAGAUAGUCAGGGUUAUGGAAUCUGAUGGUAGCGAAUUUAGAAUGAGAGGCUCUUCAUUUAUGAUUUUGAAAUUUUGCAAAAUACGAAGUACUUUUUACUUGAUUGAAGCAUGAAGAUGUUGCUGCUGGUUGAAUUCCUUUUGACAACGUUUCUAAUAUUCAUGUAGAGCUUGGUCUCUUGUUUCUCAAGUGUCCAUUUCAGGCAAAAUGAGCAGCGACCCUAAUGAUUGGACUAGCGACAUCUUGUUGAAUAAUAUGUCAACUAGCAACGACGACAAUAGCGAUGAAGAAAACAAUAAUUAAGUUCAUGGGAGUAAUGAAAAUACUCUAAGUGAUUCCAUAAAUAAUAUGGAAGAGGACGAUGGAGACGAUCCUCGUCCGAAUCUUCCAUGGCUACCAACGAUAAACAAAAACAAUACAAAUGGGACCCUCGCUUCUAACAUUUCGUUCGGAGGUAAUGGGAGGAAGCCGCAAAGCGCUAUGCAGAUAUGCUUUUCAAAUGGCGCAUGACGUUUAAAAACAAGCCUGAUUUUAAACCCCGUUCCAUCGAUAAUGAGACUUGGGCGCGAUGGAAAGCUGACUGGGAACGCCCAGAUAAUAAAACUGUUCCGGCUAGGAAUUCCUCCAAUCGACGUGGAGGAAGAAACAAAGCUUAAGCCACCCAUAUAGGUGGCUCAGUCCCGCACGCCAGAACAAUGCAUGAUUUGGAACAAUCGAAAGGUCAAAGACUCACAGCCUAUGAAAUAUUUACACGAACACAUGAGGUCUUUGACACUAAAACUGGGGAUUGUUCCCAAUGGACUAAUAUCAAGUCACAAAAAGUUAACGAUGAAUAUCGUGCUUUAAUAGAGGAGCAUCCAACCCGCAACCCAAGUGAAAUUUGGUUGGAUGCUAUAAAAAAUGUAGAAAGCGGGUCAAGCACAAAAAACAAAGAGGUAUUUGGGGUUGGGUUCGCCUCCCAAAUUAUUUAUCCACCUGAGCCAACGGAUAUUCCGUCUUAUCAACCUGCACAACCUGAUUAUAAUGCCAUCAUUCAACAAAGGUUUGCGGAUUUAGAAGCACAGCAAAUGGAGUUUAACAAUCGAUUGUGGGAAGCGGUACGAAUGGGAAAUACUCAGACUGCCUAUGAGACUCACCAAAGGCUGACUGAACAAAUCCAAAGAGAAUGAGAACUCUUUUUGAAAUUUAUUCAAUCGCAUCUCAAUUUGCAUCAACCCCCUCCUCCACCUCCUCCUAAUCAAUGAUUAAAUAUACGUAAUUUUUGUGGCUUUGUAAAUAAACUUUUGUUUUAUAUAUAAUAUGUCCUAGCUCUUUAUUUUUAUUUAUUUGUUUUAUGUGCAUA